GAAUGCUGUCGAAGCUACAAUCUACAAUCCACCCUUUCCCUAACGUCGGUCGCCUCGUAUUGCUUGUGGUUCGUGUUUCGUGCUUUGCUUUUUUUGUGGUGUUGUCAUUGUCAUCGCAUUCGCAUCUCCUUUGUGGGGGUACAAAAACAUCAAAUUUGACAACUAAAAACAAAUGGAAAUUGAUAUUUGCUGAGAUCAUAUAGAAUUCUAUCGAAUAAACAUUUAUUCUACACUGUUCUAUAAAAAUGCUUAUUGAAAAUUGAUUAAAAGAUGGACUCCAAACUCAAAAGAUGGAAGGAUAAACGUGAGCUCCUAAAGCUAUUACAAUUCAGGGAAUAUAAUGCAGAAUGUUCCAGAACAGUUAAGCAAACCUUACAGUUUACGGAUAGUCUGAUUAAAAGGCUAGGAUUAGAGUUUGAAUUGGAAGGCCACCAAGGAUGUGUCAAUUGUCUGCAGUGGACUCCAGAUGGAAAGCAUCUGGCUUCAGGUAGUGAUGACACUAAUGUUAUUUUGUGGGACCCUUUCAGACACAAACAGCUGGAAGUUAUACCUACACACCAUAUAGGAAAUAUAUUUUCUGUAAAGUUUUUAGGCAAUGAAUGCAAGGAAAUAGCAACCGCAGCAGGUGACUGCCGGGUAUUAGUGCAAUCUGUGGUAGGAGCUACAUCCCGUGCUCCACCAUUACUUGAGUGUAGCUGUCAUGUGAACCGUGUCAAAAGGUUGGCCACCUCUCCAAUAGAACCUAGUCUAUUUUGGUCAGCUGCUGAAGAUGGAUUUGUCAUUCAAUACGAUUUGCGGGAGAAGCACGAGUGUUCGAACAGCGCCCUUCGGGUUUUAAUCGAUCUGAGCGACAACUUUGGUGAAGCAAAAUGCAUUGCGGUGAACCCCACCAAGCCAUACUAUCUGGCUGUAGGUGCAAACGACUGUUAUGUGCGGAUGUACGAUCGCAGAAAGCUCAAGAACCACGUCAUUGGACAAACAAGUACUUCUGCGCAUAGCAACAAAUGUUCGUCAAACCCCCCAAUCGACUACGGCUGUGUGCAAUACUAUGCUCCUGGGCAUCUAGCUGUCGAAAAUGCGUCAGCGACUACAUUUAAGUUGGCAGCUACCUACGUGUCGUUCAAUGCCGCUGGUAGUGAGAUGCUCGUCAAUAUUGGCGGCGAACAGAUAUACUUGUUUGAUGUCAACAAUAGCAGACACAUAAAGGAGAUAAUCGUUCCCCAAACGCCUGAAGCCAAGCUUUGGAAAAACGGUAUAAGGAAGACUUGCUGUUGUAGACAUGAAACAAAUGGCUUCGUAAAUAUUGAUAAAUUCACUACUAUAGCUGAAGAAAAAUGUCCUGUAUGUUAUUAUAUGAAGAGAGGUCACAUGUUCUAUGGAAGAAAGUGGAUGGGUGAUCUGUACAAUGCAGCCAGGGACUAUGUAUAUGUAAUUAAAAGGUGGCCAGAGCAUAAACCAGCAUAUAUUGAACUCAUUAAGUGUCUCAUUGCUCUCAAAUGGACGAAAGAAGCGCAAAAUUGGUUAGAAUACUUCUGCUCUGUCCACCCUGAUUAUUCUGAUAAUACCCAGGUGUCGGAAUUAAGGCAGAAGAUCGAAAGUGCUCUGAGUGAAGAAAAAGCGUCGUCAGCCAAAAGCAGCGGAAGAACGAAUGGGGACGAUAAGGACGGUAGCGCUACAGACGGCACUGAUCCAGCCUCAGAAGAAAAGGAACGGUUUCUGAGGCGGGUUGACGAGGCCGAACAGAAGAAACGCAUGGAGUCGCUCGACUUUGAGGUGCGUUUCGUUGGCCACUGCAACACAACCACUGAUAUUAAAGAGGCAAAUUUUCUAGGAGAGGACGGUCAGUAUGUGUGUGCAGGUUCGGAUGAAGGAUACAUUUUCAUCUGGGAAAGGCGGCGCGCUGGUAUCGUGACGGUUCUCUCUGGUGACGUAUCUAUCGUGAACUGCGUACAACCACAUCCGACCGCCUGCUUUCUUGCAUCCAGCGGUAUUGACGCGGCUGUCAAACUGUGGUCACCCAUUUCAGAGGAAGAUGUAGCUUCUAAUCCUCGAUUGGUAAAAGACAUAGAUGCAGCGAUAGAAUCGAACCAACAGCGGAUGUCUAUGGACCCGUUCGAGUCUAUGCUGGUGAACAUGGGCUAUCGUAUACCGGGAAUCAGCGUGGACCCAGCCUUCCAGGUGCCCUCAUGCCGCACUUGCUAGUACAAUCACCACGUCGCCUGGUCGCUGACGGUUUCAUCCCCUCUUGUUAUAUAUGUACAUUACAUAUUGUUAGGUUGUGAUGAUUUAAAUGCAUAUUUUCAUAGAUGAUUUUUCAUUAUAAUGAUUAUAUUUGCAAAUAAAAUAUUUACCAUGAAAUAUACAUUUAUUUUGAGA